AAAACUAUAAAAUAUCUAUUAGAGGCAGCGCCAGUCUGGAAUUUUCAUAGCUAGCGCGCAACAGAGAGUAUUUUACUCAGGGGUAUCUACGAUAUUUAUUUAUUAUGACACCGGGCUGUAAUCACAGCCUGCAGAGGGCGGAAGGGCCAAAAUAAAGAAAUCCCUUCGCGGAGGCGGGAGCCCUGGAUAAAGGACCCUCACGCCCCCAACAUCCUUCCAACACCAAAUAAAAGACCAGCACCUAGAGACGCAACCGAAAAAUCCAGGCUCUAUAAUUAUGUUCAGCUCCCAACCGAACCGGCAAGCCAAUUUAAAUUUACUGCGAACGCCGCACGUGUACCACAAAAUGAAAUCCUACUACCGCACAGAAACACGCACGAAACAAAACCUAGAAAAACGCUGGCGCCACCCCUUCGAUGCUAGUGGCUGCUUCCUCGGACCACGCCUGUUUCCGAACGCUACCCUAUCCGUCUCCCUCCCGCCCACAAAGAGAAGUAUUCUCCCUCUCGUUCUGUCCCGUGAUGUCGUUCGAAAGCUUAGCGUUUUUCGUCAGUACGCGUUGAGAGUUAGCGCGCGUAGGAGCGUUGUCGCCGCGCUAGUCGCGGGGUGUCAAGUGAAGUGCCGUGGAGGUGCCGAAGUGGCGGGAUUCCUUGCCGCGGGUCGGGGGGCCCAUGCCCCCUUUCACCAGCACCACAUUGGUAAAAGACGUGGCGAAGCAGGCGGCGCGAUGUCGUGUGCCGGCUGCGAGAAGCCGAUCCUGGACAAGUUCCUGCUGCACGUGCUCGAGCGCGCGUGGCACGCGGCGUGCGUGCGCUGCGCUGACUGCCGCGCGCCGCUCGCCGACAAGUGCUACUCGAGGGACAACAAGCUGUUCUGCCGCAAUGACUUCUUCAGGCGAUAUGGAACGAAAUGCAGUGGUUGCGGGCACGGCAUAUCCCCCUCUGACCUGGUUCGCAAAGCGAGAGAAAAGGUCUUCCAUCUCAACUGCUUCACGUGCCUCGUCUGCAGAAAGCAGCUUUCCACCGGCGAGGAGCUAUACGUCCUUGAUGACAACAAGUUUAUUUGUAAGGAGGACUACCUGGCUGGAAAGACACCGACGACGCAGCAUUCGGACUCGCUUCUAGGCUCAGGUUCAGAUGACGAAGAGGAAGACGAAUCCCGCGCUGCGAACAACUCAAGUAGUCCGGCGCAUGCGCCGCACCCGGCGCUGCAUUCUGAGCUCUCGCAUAACGGAGACGCGAAACCGCACGAAGAUUCGGAGGACCAGGGUUCCCUGGACGGUGACCCGGAGACCAGGGACUCUCAGGCCGAGAACAAGUCUCCGGACGACGGGAACGGAGGCUCCAAGCGGAGGGGCCCGAGAACGACGAUCAAGGCCAAGCAGCUGGAGAUCUUGAAGUCGGCGUUCUCGCAGACGCCGAAACCGACGAGGCAUAUAAGGGAACAGCUGGCGAAAGAGACUGGGCUUCCGAUGAGGGUUAUACAGGUGUGGUUCCAGAACAAGCGAUCAAAAGAGCGCCGCCUAAAGCAGCUCACAUCCAUGGGCCGCGGCCCGUUCUUCGGGUCCUCCCGCAAAAUGCGAGGGUUCCCCAUGAACCUGUCUCCAGGGGGCCUGGACGAGGGGCCCCCAGGGUUCCCGUACUUCGCGACGGCGGACGGCAAGUUUGAGUUCGGAUACGGACCACCGUUCCAUCAUGAUGCGCCGUUCUUCCAUCCACCCCCGGCUAUGCCGUUUAAUCAGCCAGGUCGUUUCGCAGGCGGGAUGGAGUCUCUCCCCGGCGAGUUCCCCGAGCAGUUCCCGCCGCCGGACCACCUCGUCCUCCCCCGGCCCUCCUCCCCCGAAUUCACCUUCGGCGACGCGCCGCCCCCGCUGCAUCCUGAGGGCCUGGUGUGGUAGCUCAAGCCGGAGCCGCGAGACUACCACGACUGAUGCGGCUCGGCGGGCUACAAAGUGGACUUUAACAGUGUCAUUCAGUAACGCUGUGAUUACGAUUUAAUGGACAUGUGCUCGUGAAUAAGUGUACAGAAGAGUUUUAUAAUAUUGAUAGUAAUUUAUUAAGUUAAUAAAUAAUUUAUUUACAGCUUAAGCUUUUGGUUCCUAUUUUAAGAUAGAAGUGGCAAUUUAUCAUUAUUUCAUGUAUGUAUUUAUUUUAAAUUUUAGUGUUAACGGGGUCUUAGUUAGAGGGUGACCACAAACGAGACUACAGGAGGACAUUUCCGAUACAAAUGUAAGGGUUUGUAAAUAUAAUAUAAGUUGUACAUAGAUUAUUGCUGGACAAGUCUGUACGAUAUUAAAUUUAUUAUGUACUAAGUGGUAGUUACUUGAUAAUAAGUUCCGGUGAACUAUAAUUCCUUUUUAAUCCUGCUUGUCUUAAAUGGGUAUUUACAAUUUCCUACAUUUUAAUCAUUUAGGAAGAAAUGCAUUUCUGUUAAGCGAAUUUAAUUGUCUGUAAAUUAUUUUCUCAUUUUUACCCU